AUGGACUCCUAUCCACCAGGAUAUGCAGAGGAGAGCAAAGGCCCCCGGAUUUUGGCCGCUUUCUGGGUGCUCACGAGCAUCGCGCUCGUCGUGGUAAUAGCAAGACUGUUUAUCCGGCUCCGAGUACUGCGUAAUCCCGGUCCAGACGACUGGCUGAUUGCAGUAUCUAUGCUCGUAGGACUUGCAUAUACUUGCCUGACCACGGUGAACGUCUCACUUGGAUAUGGGAAGCAUUCUGCUGUAAUAGCGGAUAGACUUGAAACCGUCUUAUUGAUCAACUAUGUCGGCUUUUUACUCGGAAUUCUUGCCUUUUCCCUGCCAAAACUCGCGGUGGCGGCGUUGCUCACACGUCUACUGAAUCCGACCUUGGUUCACCGGAUUAUACUGUGGGGUUUGACAGCCACGGUAGCUGUGGUGUCAUGCAUCUGCAUCCUAGUGCUGUUCACCAUGUGCGACCCUCCGAGGGCGUUGUGGCAGACAUCUCUGAUGGCGCAAGGAGCCACUUGUCGUGAUACCUGGAUCCUCAUCAACUAUGCAAUCUUUACAGGAGCUGUGUCUGCGUUUGCAGAUCUUGUUCUCGCCGUGUACCCAACCCUGGUUCUAAUGAAGCUCCAUAUGUCCUUGCGGAAAAGAUUGGCCUUGUGCACUGCUUUAAGCCUGGGCGCAGUCGCUGGUGCAAUGGCUAUUGUCAAAUGCUUUCAGCUUCCAAAUCUUGCGGACCUCGCUGAUUCUACCUAUGCCACAGCAGAUCUUGUCAUCUGGACCAGUGUCGAGUCGAACGUGGUUAUUCUCGCCUCCUGCAUCCCCACUCUACAGCCACUUAUCGAGCUAGCUCUUGGGAAGCGCACGCUCAAGAGCACUAGCAAAUACCCCUAUCAAAGCAGCGAGCGUCGCCAUGAGUCUUCCUAUUGGAGUAAGAAGUCCGCGCCGGCAAAGAACGCUGACCUCCAGAUCACAAAUGUCGAGAGCCAGGAAUGUAUUCUGGGAUCGGCCAAGAACCAAGCAGUCGAGGGCCACCAGCUGGGCCACAUCAGACGCACAGAUAAUGUCGUCGUUGAAUACGAAACUACUUCGCAGACUGGGAAUAUCCAUGAAGAACGGAGUCCUUGGUAG